GGUACGACAGCGACGUGGCACGGGAGAAGGUGGUGGACUACAUCACCAAGAUCUACUCUGCCAGCAUCAGGAACAUGACAGGAACCAGACCUCACCUGCAGCACAAAGAGCUUCCUGUGGAGGAGAGGCCUCCAGUAAGUCGAGCUGCCCCGCUGCCCGACAAACUGCUGAAGAACAACGUGACCAAGAAGAAGAAGGUGGUGGAGGAGCUGGUGCUGGAGCACGUCUUUGGCUACAGAGGCUUCGACUGUCGCAACAACCUGCAUUACCUCAACGACGGUGCUGACAUCAUCUUCCACACUGCUGCUGCCGUGGUCAUCCAGAACCUAUCCGCCG